AUGCUUAUACGUCUAGCUACUCCCAAUGACCUCACCUCCAUCGCAGAUAUCGCCGCCCAGGCUAUGCUCCACGACGAACUCUUCAUCCAACUCUGUCCCCACCGCCACACCUACUAUGCCGACUUCCGGACUGCCUUCCUCCGUCGCCUGAAAAUGCGCCUAUAUACCCCGGGCUAUAUUAUGCUAGUCGCUAUCGAGUCGGACUCGGAGUCGGGGGACUACGCGGACAGGGACCGGGACAGGGACAGGGACAGGAACGAGCGCGUGUGUGGUUACGCAGUGUGGAGCAGACGCGGGGAUUCACCGGUCGCCACACAAUGGCAGAAGAAUGGCCAUGGGGAUGGCUGGUGGAACGCCCUCGAGCGCACUCUCCUCUCCAUCGAAAACCAUUACCAUAACCUUGUCUCCCCUGAUCGCAGCAUUGACCCCCUCCGCUUAGACCAGUAUAUCCAGGCCUGUGCGACGGGCUAUGAUUUUGCCGCUCUCCCUGAGCUCUGGUUCCUGGAGACUGUUGCGGUGGAUCCCCGCCAUCAGCGUCGCGGGUUCGGUCGGAGCUUAGUGCAGUGA